ACCUCCGCCACCACCGCCGCCGCCGCCGCCAUGCUCUCCGUCCGCGCCCCGCUCGCCACCAUCGCGGACCCGCAGCAGCUGCAGCUCUCGCCGCUCAAGGGGCUCAGCCUGACGGACAAGGAGAAUACGCCCCCGUCCCUCAGCGGGACCCGCGUGCUGGCCAGCAAGGCCGCGAGGAGGAUCUUCCAGGAGCCCGCCGAGCCGGUGACAAACCAAAAUUCUGCUGCCCCCGGCGUGGAGGACGAGCCGCUCCUGAGAGAGAACCCCCGCCGCUUCGUGGUCUUCCCGAUCGAAUACCACGACAUUUGGCAGAUGUAUAAGAAGGCGGAGGCUUCCUUUUGGACCGCUGAGGAGGUGGAUCUUUCCAAAGACAUCCAGCACUGGGAAGCCCUAAAACCUGAGGAGAAAUACUUUAUAUCUCAUGUCCUGGCCUUCUUUGCAGCAAGUGAUGGCAUCGUGAAUGAAAACUUGGUGGAGCGAUUUAGCCAAGAAGUGCAAAUUACCGAAGCCCGCUGUUUCUAUGGCUUCCAGAUUGCCAUGGAAAACAUACAUUCUGAAAUGUACAGUCUCCUUAUUGACACAUACAUUAAAGAUUCCAAAGAAAGGGAGUUUCUCUUCAAUGCCAUUGAAACGAUGCCUUGUGUGAAGAAGAAGGCAGACUGGGCCCUGCGUUGGAUUGGGGACAAGGAGGCUACCUAUGGAGAGCGAGUUGUAGCCUUUGCUGCUGUGGAGGGAAUCUUCUUUUCUGGUUCUUUCGCGUCGAUAUUCUGGCUGAAAAAGCGAGGACUUAUGCCAGGCCUCACGUUUUCCAAUGAACUUAUCAGCAGAGACGAGGGCUUACACUGUGACUUCGCGUGCCUGAUGUUCAAACACCUGGUGCACAAGCCGUCGGAGGACAGAGUGAAGGAAAUAAUCGUCAAUGCCGUUCGAAUAGAACAGGAGUUCCUCACGGAGGCGCUGCCUGUGAAGCUGAUUGGGAUGAACUGCACGCUAAUGAAGCAGUACAUUGAAUUUGUGGCGGAUAGGCUUAUGUUGGAGCUGGGGUUUAGCAAGAUUUUCAGAGUAGAAAAUCCAUUUGACUUCAUGGAGAACAUUUCACUGGAAGGGAAGACUAACUUCUUUGAGAAGAGAGUAGGCGAGUAUCAGAGAAUGGGGGUGAUGUCCAGCCCGACAGAGAAUUCUUUCACCUUGGAUGCUGACUUCUGAAUGAACUGAAUGCUCUUUGCUGAUUUUUACCCUCCAUGUUCACACACACACAAAAAAAAAAUCAGCUAAGGGUGAAUCAAGCAAGCUACACCAUGAAUUGUCAUUAAGGUUCAUUAACAGCAUCUAAAACAGUGUAGCUACCUCAAAAAUCAAUCCUGCUGAUUAAUGUUGUAGUAUCACCUAGAAAGACAAAGGCUAUUUCAAACGAAAGCUACUCAGGUUGUUAGGAAAAACCUGUCCCUGUGGGCUUGUGCAAGCCGGCGGGCUAGUUGUGACAUCACCACAGUGCUGAGUGGUACAGGGAGGUAGCCCCCCUCCAGCAGGAGUUCAGCAUUCAUACGACCAUCGAUCGCAACCUCACUGCUCCAGAGCAGGCUUGAAAGUUUACUUAAAACUAGGUUGUAAAUAAGACUGGCACUUUGUAUACAAAUCAACAUUGCUCGUACUGUAUAGGGAAAGUUGUAUUUAUUUGGUUUUGACACCAAAUACAAAAAGUGUUCAAUUGACCACUAAUGGUAGCCAAUUCACAGUUAAGUGACUCGAGUUGAACUUGGGUCGGCUAAGCAUAUAACCUCUGAGCUUGUUUUCCUGAAUGAAUUGAGAUGCUCUGAUCAGCUUGAGUGCAUGCUCUAGAGAGAGACCUUGUCUUUGGUGCUAAUGAGACGGGCCGGGGCCAUGUAGCCCUGCGCCACGCCUGCUCCAGCCAAGACUUUCCUGAAAGUACCAUGGCUUUUGGUGCAAAGACCUCUAACUCUGCGACAUUGGGGACUGAGACAUGAUCUGGGCAGACUGCCAGUGGUCAGGCCUUAAUCCAUGGGAAAGGCAGUAAUCUGGUUCUCAAAUAGUCCUUGGCCCAGUUUCCGGUGGGUAGAGAGAUUUCUUGGAAAGGGCUUUGUAGGUGAGAUGUAAGGUAGUAUUGACAAGCUUCUAGGUCAUCCCUGAACAAAAUGAUCCUAAGGUCUUGCCCUUGUUGCCACCAGGACUGAAAUGGGCUCUCCUAAAAGUGGUGUUUAUUCUGAUUUUGCGUGUGACUAGGUACUAUGGAGACUUGUUCCAUUUAUAUUUACUCUGUGUUCCUGUAGAGUUUAAAAAUGUGUCUUUAGGUUUAACCUAUUUGUACAUUG